CCGCGUUGCCGACUCGCCAUCGCGAUCGCGCAUUCGUUUCCCGCUCGCCAUAGCUCGGCUAGCUACGUCGCAUUCGUUGCAAGAGACCACCGGAUCCGGAGAACUCAACCAGCUGUUUGAAUGGCGGCGACCACCACCACCGUGGAGGACCUGCCAGGGGACGUGCUGGCGUGCGCGCUGCGGCGGCUGGAUGGGCCGUCCCUGGCCGCCGCGGGCUGCGCCACGUCCGGGCUCAGGGCGCUCGCCGACGACCCGGACACGUGGCGCGCGCUCUGCCUGUCGCGGUGGCCGUCGCUGGCGGCGGCGGAGCAGCGGUGCGUCCUUUCCGCCGCCGGCGCCGUCUCUCCGCGCCGCCUCUUCGCCGACGCCUUCCCUUUCCCCUGCGUGGACGACGCCGCCGCCGCCGCUCCGCUCGACGGAGACGAUCAGCGGCUGCCCGGGGAGCUCGUCUCCGCCGUGGACGUCUACCACGGGGGCGCGGCCGUCGUCUCCCGCGUCGUCGAGACCUCCACGUCGUCCUCCUGGUUCCUCGCCUCGCCGUUCCGCGUCGACGCCGUGGAGGGCAAGAGCCCGGCGCCGGCGCCCGCCUCGGUGGCGUCGUCGUGGUCGCCGGCGGAGCUGGAGCUGAGCUGGAUCUUGCUGGACCCGAGCACCGGCCGGGCGGUGAACGUGUCGAGCCGGCGACCCGUGGCGGUGGAGAGGCACUGGUACACCGGCGACACGCUGGUGCGCUACGCCGUGGUGCUCGCCGGGUGCAAGUUCGAGGCCACCGUCAGCUGCUCGGAGGAGGCCGGCCAGAUAACGGAGGUCAGCCUCGCCGCCGACGACGCCGACGGCGCGGCGAUCAGCGGCGAGGGCUGCCUGCGGCUGCUCGCCGCGGCCAUGGCCGGGCCACGGAAGGGAGGGCGGGGCCAGGAAGGGGAAGCCAAGAGGAGGUACGACGAGUUCGUGAGGAGGAAGAGGGGCAGGAAGGAGUCCAAGGCCAGGCGAGAGGUGCUCGUCGACCUCUGCUGCUCCGCCGUCAGCGCCGUCGCCGUCAUCAGCUUCCUCGCCGCCGUCGUGCUCCGGUAGCUUAGCAAGCAGAGUCUUUCCCAACCAAGACCGAUAAAACCAAAAAACCUGUUUUUGCUCUUUUACCGAGAGAAAAUUUUGCUCUGUAAAUAUCACUGUAUCGAGAUAAAAUGUGUUUUUUUUCACAUUUGGUAACCAAGCAGUGCAACAUAUUCCUUUCGUUCAAAAAGAAUUAACAUGUGAUCCCUUCUAAAACAAUUUAUUAGAGGGGUCAUUUUUCCUCA